GGAUGAGGUCACUUUUCAUAGGAUAUGCGCUAUGAUAAUUGUCAUCAGGGAUGUCCAAAUUUGGAUUUGACUGGUUAUCUAUCAAAACAAUGCUUAUCUUAUCUAUUCUACAUUACCAAAUUCAGUUUCUAUCAAUUUACAGUGCUUGUUAUCAAUUUCUUUGCAGUACAUUUUCCUGAUCAUUAUAAUAUCAAUAGCCUACUCGAAAUUGUAGAAUGUAUUUGAAACAUUGAACUAUUCAAUUUUGGAUAUGCUAGCUUAUUAUUACUAUAAAUACACUUUCUGGAUUCCCACUGCGUAAUGUCCGAUAAGCUUUAAAUAUAUCUGAUGAACUGACUUUUCAUGUAAUAUUAACACUGACUUCUUACUGCCGUGAUUUUAGAGGAUAUAUAAAUUGUCUAGAUAUAGUUGUGAGGUAUGGCUGAUGGAGGUGGCGACGUCCAAAACAACCAAUUACCGAAUGAACCCAUCCCAGUUUGUACCCUUUUCAGUGAUGGGUCAAUCGACACAACAUUAUCUCAGAAAGAAUUGAAAAAAGAUUUUUCUGACGUGUCCAAUUCUCAAAACGUGGUUCAAGUUAAAGAAAAUGAAUCAAAAGAGCCUGAGUUGUGUGAUGUGUUUGGCAGUGGCAAUUCGAUUCCUACAUUAUCUGGUGAUGAUAUAUUUUCGAAAAUUUCAGAAGACGCAAAAGCGGAUGAAGCCGCUCACGAUCAUUCAUUUACAUCUGAGAGCAUAGAUGAUAGCAGUAUUUCGACCCCAAUGACAGAAUCCAUAAAAUUAACCCCUUCAAUGGAAACGCUGCGAUUGAAUCGCUCAGUCGAUUCAUUCAUUGUCGAAGAAUUAAUAGAAUCUGAUGAAAUUCCUGAAAACUCAGGUAAAAUGGCUCAGGAUGUAUUAUUAAAUGAAUCACAGCCAGUGCCUUCGGCAGGAAUACCAUCGUUUUCAAUAUCGCCAGAUGAUAUGGUGAACACAGAAUCUGCUAUCUCUGAUUUACCAAACGAUAUUGAAGUGGAUGAUAUCAUUGAAGACACAUCAAUGGAAAUUGAAAAACUAUCUUUGGAAGAUCCAAAUGUAAAACAACUUUCAGAAAAUGAAGACACCUCGAUACAAGAAUCUAAAAUGACUUAUGAAGAAUCGAAAAGUACCGAAAUCAACGAGACUGAAGAAGUAUCUACGCAACAAACGAAUACUGAACCCGAAAUUCAACCUGAAAUUCCAACUACUGGUUUAUUAUUCACCUCUGUUCAAGAUAAGCAACAAACUUUGUUUCCAAGUCCAGUAUCUGAACGACAUGGUAUAGAAAUAGAGGAAGAUGACCCGUUUGCUGCUGCUUUGAGUAACAGUGUUCUUGAUCGAAGACGUGAUGCCUGGCUUCCUUGUGAAGACACCAGAGCCAUAUUGACCGCUGCAAUUGUGAACCAUAAAUCUCCUGAUUUAGAAAUGGAGAAGAUUACUAGACCAGGAUUAUCUACCAGUGAAUUGUUAGAGGAUCCGGUCAAAGAGCUUGUCGUGAGAAUGACAGGGUCAGAGAAUGUUGUGAAACGUGGCAAUCUGACAAUGGACGAUGUCACUCUCAAUAAAGAUGGAAUCAAAAAACUGAUGGAAUCUGGCAAUCUACGAUCUGCUGCAAACCUGUGUGCUAAACUAUUAACAACUCAUGGUCAAGGAUUUGGUCAAGUUACACGAAUGACACUCAAUACAUCAGAAACAUUACAGUUGUGGUACACUCGCAUAUAUAUCCUCACAAAAUUAAAACUAUAUGACAUGGCUACAAGUGAAAUUUCUACUUUCAAAAAUCUCGACAAUGCAGACUUGUACUAUGAAUUUUAUCCUGAUGUCUAUCCAGGUCGUCGAGGGUCCAUGGUUUCAUUUUCAUUUCGACUUCUCCAUGCUGAGUUUCCACGUCAUGUGGACAGAGCUCAAUUAUCAUUGGCUCGUCUGCACCGAAUAUUAAAUGUUUGUGAUAAGAUAUUACAAAAUUUAAACGAUGGAAAGACAGAAGUUGGGGAAAUGACCGUUCUGAAUUCCAAUGAUGUCGAAGCUUCCAUCAAACUUUGGAAUGAAAGAAAAGUCAGAACUUUGUUCUCUAUUGGUAAUACGUUGAUGCAAUUGAAAGAUUAUACUCUUGCAGUUGAAGUUUAUGACAGAAUAUUGAAAAUGCAUCCAGAGAGUGCUGUUGCUCUACAAAGUGGUAUCGGUCGGGUUUAUCUGCACCUCGGCGAUAUACGAGCUGCACAAUUACGAUUCACAGAAGCUGAAAAGGCUGGUGGCAAUGAAGCAGAACAUAAAGUGCAAUUAACAUUAAAUAGGGGAUUCAUGUAUAUAGGAACAAAUAACUGGAAAGAAGCUGUUACGCAAUUCGAGUCAGUUUUGGCAUUGCAGCCUCAUAAUAUCAUUGCUCUGAAUAACAAAGCUGUUUGCAUGUUGUAUCUGGGCAAAUUGAAAGAUGCAAUCGCAAUACUUGAAUCUGGUGCAAAUGAGCAAACUACUCCUGAUAUUUUCAACAAAGUUACAAACAUAGACUGGCAACAGAUCAUGCUACAAGGUCUUAUUUCUAAUUUGUCAACCCUUUAUGAACUCGAAUCAUCAAGAUAUGUCUUGAAGAAGCGCGGGAUAUUUUUGAAGCAAAUUGCACCAACAUGUAGCGACAGUUUCAAUACAGCCUGUUUCAAAGAAAUUUAAUGUCCGUCUAUUUAAUUGAAAAGUUCUUUGAAUGAUUGUUGAAUAUUUUAUAAUGUGCAAUAAAAUGUAGUUAAAUGAGG